AAAAUAUUCACUUACUCCACCGCCAACCUGCAGUCCAAUUUCGUGGUAAUCCAAUAAAUCCUGACUUAUAACUCCAUCGAGCUGCGAUUCUCUGACGAUUCUCACACAUAAUACUCGCGAUACGAUUUUCACAUCACACGCGGCCCGUACUUUGAAUUUUACUCUUAUUCGGACAUUUUGUAGCUCUGAGCAAGUCUACAAAAUGUUAGGAGCCGGUCCAAGACUCAUCUCGGUGAAAAUCCGAUUAAUUUCGACGACGACGUGGUCCAAACUCCGGACGACGAUUCCCUCCAAUUUUGACUAAAGUUAUAGGCGAUUUGAAUCGUCAGCUACAUCGCCCGACCAAUCAGGACCGAGGAACCUUCGCGCCUCUAUCCCGAUUGGGUAACCAACGUGAACUUUGCCCCUCGCGUUCUGAUUGGUUAACCGAAAGACCAGAAGCACUUGCGGCGUCUACUGUUGCGCCCUCUCGCUCGUCUGACUGUACUAGACUAAUGUUAAAGACAUUUUUAUAUCGAUUUGGAUAUUAUUUAUAUAUAACGAUAUUAUAUAAGAUAUUUUAACUUAAUUAAAUGGCUAAUAUUGAUAUUGUGCACCAUUAAAUAUUGAUUAUUCCAUUUUCGAAAUAUUUAUAUGUAUGUUACAUGUGCAUUUGUGAUGAGAUAAUUUUGUACAGCUGCCUUUAGUAUGCAAUUAUAUGCAUCAGAUUUAGUCAGGUGUAGUGCAGAACAAGAGUAAUGCAUUGCAGUUUUGAUUGCAACUGAAGAAUCUCAGAUAAAUAAGUGCGAUAAAUAUCUCUUCUUUUGCCUAUGUGCUUGGACAAUCUGCAACAAAGAUUUUUAUUCUUGAUUUUGUUUGUAAAAUGCAAACAAAUAUGAUCUUAUAAAACUUGACGCUGUGUAUAAUUGCCAAGUGUGUAUGUAACUGCCAAUUUCUUGAAUUUUUUAAUGAGAAUAUAACUGAGAAUUCAAUAAUUUAUACACAAUGACUACAUUAAGUGGCUUUAUAGAAUUUUUCCAAAAAGGAAAGACAUUUAGACCGAAGAAAAGAUUUGCUCAUGGAACAUUACGGUAUUCUUUACAUAAACAAGCUCAAGCUUCCCUUAAUUCUGGUAUCAAUUUAAGAGCUGUUGUAAGAUUACCUUCUGGAGAAGAUUUAAAUGAUUGGAUUGCUGUUCAUGUUGUGGUUUUCAAUAGAAUAAAUCUUAUAUAUGGUACUGUAUCCGAGUAUUGUGAUUCAGCAUCAUGUCCAACUAUGAGUGGUGGAGCACGUUUUGAAUAUUUAUGGGCAGAUGGAGAAAUAAAAAAGCCAACAGCAUUACCAGCACCACAAUAUGUUAGUCUUCUUAUGGACUGGAUUGAAACUCAAAUUAAUAAUGAAACAGUUUUUCCAGUAUCGACAGAUGUGCCAUUUCCUAAAACAUUUAUACCAUUAUGCAGAAAAAUCUUAACACGUCUCUUUAGAGUUUUUGUCCAUGUAUAUAUCCAUCAUUUUGAUCGUAUUGUAGCGAUAGGAGCAGAAGCACAUGUGAAUACAUGUUACAAGCAUUUUUAUUACUUUGUAACAGAGUUUGAAUUAAUUAAUUCUAAAGAGUUAGAGCCAUUAGCUGAAAUGACUGCCAAAGUUUGUAAAGAUAGUGCUUCCCCUACUCAAAGCACAGUAUCAGAUAAUCAACAUAGAUAAUUAUUUUAUAGUUAUUUGUCUAACACGAACAAGAUUAUACAAUUUACAGUAAACUAACAGAAUCUCCAAAAAAAAUAUAUAUAUAUAUAUAUAAAUUUAUUACAUGAAAAUAGGA